CUCCACUCACCACUGCGCCAUCGCCUGUUGCGUUAGCUCGCUGUUCAAAGGGGGCGACUCGCUUGUGCACCAAAAACGACGACCUAAAUUGCAAUUUGACAGAUUUUACGAAAAAACAAGACAUUUUGCUCGUAAAGGUCGUGGUGAGUAUUUUGUCCCCAGACAUAUUUUUCCAUUUUUUCCUCCUUUUUUUCUUUUCUUUUUGGAUUUUUCCACAGUGAUUUUCCAUUUUGCGAGUGGACAGGACAGAAUGUGCUAGCUAGCGGGGCUAGCUGGCUUAGCUAACGUGGAAGUGCUCGUCCCCUUCAAAGCCAAAAACAAAACAAACUGUGUUUUUUUUUUUAGAGCCACAAUAUGUUGGGAGCAUCUUAGAUACACUUUGAACUAUUUUUGCAAGUUUGCCUAGCUGUAAUUUUUGUAGCGUUUAAAGAGGAUGUUUUUCUUUGACGGGACUAAUUUGUUUUUGGCUCGCUUUUCAGCUAACGGCGUCAGAGACAGCAUCAUUUUAAUCCACGAUCCCUUUAUAGUUUAACAACUGCAAGCUUAACAUAAUUUUUCAGGUUUUGAUUUUCGCACAAGAACUGGUCAGAUUUAUAUUUUUCGUGCUUUUUUUUCUUUUUUCUUUUUUUUUUUUUUUUUUUAGUUGGUGGUUAGCUAAGACUAGCAGUGCUAGCCGGCAUGGAGCACUACCGAGGCUAGCGCAGGCCCUGUGAUUCACACUUGAGCCCAGAAGAGGGCGCUGCUGGUGUCCUGGCGGGUGUGUUGUUGGUUGAUUGGAUAAUUUUUAUUAGUAACUUUGUUUUUGUGAAGCGUUGUCUUCGGACUUUUUGUUUUUUUUUACACUUUUUUUUCAUGUUUUUUUUUUUUUUUUUAACGGAGUUUUCCCCAGUUUUUCCCUCGCAUGAUGGUUUUUAAAGGCUUUGGAUUGCAAGUUUUUAUCACAUAACAUGAUAAAUACACAUUUAAUUAAACGUGAUGUAUGAAAAGUGUCUUCCUUUGGCUGUUAUGUGCUUCUCUACAUUCAAGUACAUCCCUACACCCAUUUUAUGGCUCAAUUAAAGGCCCUCAUGUUCAUGAUUAUUCAGUAUAAAUACAUAACAUAACACUAAAUAGUCCAUUCAUAAAUGGAGGGAGGAUGGCCAGGGGAAUUAUUGACCUCAGUUAUAAUAAAAGGGAUAGAGUCUGUAUUUAUACACCUCCACUAACAGGGCACUGGGUUGUGUUAGUGUUGCUUUUCUCAUACUAGGUAACAGUGAAUCCCUCUUUUUCCCUCUAACAGAGGAUUUGUGCUCACAGGUUACAGGAUACAGCGCUUUAGUGAGCAAUUCUAAUCACUUUUAGCCUGAGUCUUUGCAUUUUUUUUUUUUUAGAUGCCUAAUAAUAUUAAACUUUCAAUAUUAUUAUUGUGCUGGAGCAAGACACUGACCGAUGAGCACCACGGUCGCCCGUCCUUGAUAUUUUCCCCCCUACGAAACAUGGCGUUUAUAAUCUUAUUCGUGGAGCUUUACUCUUGAGUGGUUUUCAGAUUGUUUGAAUGUGUAUAUUAAAAAAAAAAAGCUUGCAUAAAGAGUUGGUUUGACAUCAGUGCUGCUUUUAUUCCUUCAGGACGUGUUUGUACAUGGAAGGGCGUUUGAACGUUUUAUGCAUUCAGGAUUGAAUUCGGCUCCAAACAGUCAAAACACACCUGGGUCAGAUUAGGUUUACGGUGGUGGAUGUUGCACAAUGUGUUUGUUUUGAUGUCUUAGCCUUUUGAGUUUCUCAUGGUAAUGCCCAGCUGUAGUCUUAAGGUGGCACGCUGUGGCUCCUACAGUUUAUUUAAUUAUUAUUUUGUUGUUGUUGUUUAUGUUCCGGAGCGUUGUUCCUGCACACAUUCCAUCCGGCCCAGGUAAGGUUUGCUGAACAAUAACCCUGCCCAGCUUGACUGAGGAUGUGUUUUCUGUCGCCUCAGUAAAAAAUCGCCAGGGGGGCGAAGGUGAAGGUCGAGACACCAGCCCAAACUGAGCCCAGCCCACAGUGUCACACAUCAGGCAGACGAGCGCCCCGCACACAGACGAUAUGGAACGUUCAUCCUCCACUUCCAGCCUCAUGGCCAGCAGCAACGUCACCAACAAGACCGACCCGCGCUCCCUCAACUCCCGGGUCUUCAUCGGCAACCUCAACACCCUGCUGGUCACCAAGGCGGACGUCGAGGCCAUCUUCUCCAAGUACGGCAAGAUCGUGGGCUGCUCCGUCCACAAGGGCUACGCCUUCGUGCAGUACGCCAACGAGAGGAACGCCCGGGCCGCCGUCACGGGCGAGGACGGGAGGAUGAUCGUUGGGCAAGUGCUCGGUGAGGACUCUGGUUUUUGCUCGCCCCUAAACCAGGGCCGUUUAGACUGCAACCUUGCUGGAGAACCAAAACCACACCGAUCAAAAACCUCCAAACGCUCCGCCGGAGACAUGUACAGUAGUUCCUCGUUUGAGCUGGACUAUGAUUUUCAAAGAGAUUAUUAUGACAGAAUGUACUCGUACCCGUCUCGGGUGCCCGCUCCGCCUCCUCUGUCGCGCGCCGUGAUCCCGUCCAAACGCCCGCGGGUCAGCCUGAGCGGAGGAAGCAGCCGGCGAACCAAGAGCAGCUUCUCCUCCUCGUCCAAGAGCGGCCAAAGGACCUCGUCGUCCAGAACAAUGAGAGUGGACGAGCUGCAGACCAUCAAGCGUGAGCUGUCGCAGAUCAAAAGCAAAGUGGACGACCUGCUGGAAAGCCUGGAGCGAAUGGAGAAGGACCACAGCAAGAAGUCUGCAAAGAGCCUAAAGCCAGAGCCGGGCGAGGUGACUUCACCCCCACACUCCAGCAGCAAGAAGAGCGAUGGAAUAAAGAGGGAUAGGGAGAGCCACGACAUGAACAACUCUGAUGACGAGGAAGAGGAUGAUGACGACGAGGAGGAGGAGGAAGAGGAGGGAGACCUUCUGGAGGAAGAAGAGGUGAAGAGUCAGGAGAGGGAGGAGGAGGAAGAUGAGGAGGAGGAAGGGGAGCACGUGGAAGAAGACGACGGCGACAGCAUCAACGGCGACGACGACUCGUAGACCGGGUGGGGGGGGGGGGCUACGCACAGCUUCCAGACGGAGCUCCUGUUUUUAACACUCACGGUGUAGAUAGAAACACAAGGCGUGCACAGAAAAACACAAGCAUGGCGCGCACACCUUACUGUCAUGUCGUCCCUGAAGAUUUCCUUUUUAGUUUUUUUGUUUAGUUGUCCAGUAUUACUGUAACCGGAAUAUCUAGCUGUAGGUUUGUGUUUAUUGUUUUUGUUUUUUUUGCCCGUACUUCCGAGGGAGACGGGAACAUGAACUGGUAAUGUUCUCAGAGACAACAGCUCGACGGACAUCU